UUUUCAUACGUGCUGUUAGUCGGCUAACAAAGUCGAAGGAACACCCAUCGGUAUUCAAACGACGCGUAAAACGAGUCUCGAGAAGACACGACUGCUACUAUUUGUUAUUCCGUUCAAGAAGAACGGUCGAUGAGAAUUUCCAAGUGUUUCCAUAGUGGCUGCAUGAGUUUGCGAACGAUUACACGUGCAAGUAGAAAGUUGCGGAGGUUCAAAAUAGUCCAACAAUCUAAGAUCGAGAAGAUAGCCGAAGAAAAUCUGGCUAAGAUCGCUGAAAAGAAAAUCGCCGAGCUGCUGUUUGAACGUUGCAUUGAUUGUGGAAGAAUGGCCACAAUUCCGCAGGGUGCAUUUGCAGCGUGCAAAGUCCGUCGUAAUCUUGAACGCAAUUCUAUGAUAACACCGAUGGAUGAGAAGGUCGACAAGGAAACCGCGUUCAGCGAGAGACCUCCAUUGGAAGGCCGGGAGCUCACUCCACUGAAGUAUAAUAGCAAAUUAAUGAACAGCAUCUGGGGGCUGUACAAUCGUUAUUCGGUGCACAAUUUCAAGAAAAACACUGAUUCGAAUGAAGGGGCGUUUGGGACGUUCGUGGCGGUUUGGGGGGCGAUCUCCGGAAGCCAAGCACCCGCCGCGAACUCGGUGACUGCAACUGCAGUCGCCAAAAAUAAUUCAUAAAAUCACGAACGAUGGGAAUGAUAUAUAGAAAAAGAAAAAAAGUUCCAUUUAUUCUUUUCUCCAACGGGCAGCUUUCUACGAGAAUAAUCGUGACAAUUGGAACCAAGUACAAACGAAGAAAUUGAUAAUUUUCAUAUGGAAGAAAUGAGUAUUGUGUGCAAAUUACAAUUAUAGAGACUUCUAUGGCAGUAUUUUUAUAUGUAAUCAUUUUAAUUAGAUACAAAAACGAUGGAGAUGAAAUAAAUGUAUUUUAUUUAAUGAAUGCAACUCGAAGAGACUGUAACGGUUAUCUGUUAAUCCUGAGGAUUAACCAAGGAUUAUAUCAAUGAUUUAUCAUAAAUAAUAUAGAAUGAAUAAAUAUAUAAUCUU